GCUUUGGAUUUUGUAAUUGAUCACGUGAAGUAUCUGAAGAUUAUUAAAUAUGUCGAUUUUCACUCCAACAAACCAGAUUAGGCUGACGAAUGUCGCGGUGGUGAGGAUAAAGAAGAAAGGAAAACGAUACGAGAUCGCUUGCUAUAAGAAUAAAGUCAUGAAUUGGAGAAUGAAAGUGGAAAAGGAUUUGGAUGAAGUUCUCCAAACACACACAGUAUUUGUUAAUGUCUCAAAAGGACAAGUUGCUAAGAAAGAAGAUCUUAUUAGAGAUUUUGGUACUGAUAAUCAAACAGAAAUUUGCAAAGAGAUUUUGUCAAAGGGAGAACUUCAAGUAUCAGAAAAGGAAAGACAAACACAAUUAGAAUCUAUGUUUCGUGAUAUUGCUACAAUUGUUGCAGACAAAUGUAUUAAUCCUGAAACUAAGAGACCAUAUACUGUGAGCAUUAUUGAAAAGUGUAUGAAGGAAAUCCAUUUUUCUGUUAAGCCCAACAAAGGUACUAAGCAACAGGCAUUGGAAGUAAUUAAGAAGCUUCAAGAGAAAAUACAGAUUGAAAGAUCUCAGAUGAAAUUGAGAGUUUUCAUUCCUGCUGGAAAAAAUUUUAGAAGUAGAAUUAAGGAUCUUGCUUCUACAAUUGAAAAUGAAAGUAUGGAAGAUGGAAACUUUGAAAUGAUUUUCUUGACGGACCCAGGAAAUUUCAGAAAAAUUGAUGAACUAGUAAGGAAUGAAACCAAGGGACGAGGCCAAUUAGAAGUGAUCAGUUUGAAAGAAGUCCAGGAGGGAGAUGAGAUGUUAGAGUAAUGUUGUACAAAAUUUUUUAUUUUUCAAAAAUAUACAGUAAUUUUGUUGUUAAUUAUUGAUGAAACAAAACACCUGGACAUCCAAGGAGCACAUCCCAACAUUCAAAUCCUUUUUCAUGAAGUAUUUGUUGUAAGACAUGCUUUUGUUCUUUCUGCCAUUGGCUUGAAUCUGAAAAAAAGAACUUCAAUAAAAAUAUUUGAUGCAAACACCAUAAUAAAUAAAACAGUACAUUUUAUAUUUUUAUAAUAGUUAAUUCUGAUUAUAAACAAACUGAAAUCUUAACAAGAUUAUGUUAAUUGUAAGUAAUUACAUUUAUUAAAUAAAAAUAUUAUUAUAAAGUUGUA